AAAUCUUCGUGCCGAUGCGAUGCCGAAGCCGAAGUCGCGCGCGUCAACAUUCAAGGUCGCACAGCUAAAAGCCGUUCGUUUUGUUUACAAUUUUCCACAAACGCUCUCGUUUAGUUUUCGUACACACGCCGACCCGCAUUGCAGCGGCAUUCCUUUCGCAUUUUCCACCCACCCUCGCCGGUAUUCGCGAUUUUGCCACCCCCCAAAAGUGGAUUAUUACCCUGACGAGAAGUGAAAAAUCCUUGAAAAUCGACAGAAUGAAAUCAUCGACCGUGAAGCGCGGAGGAAAAACCUUUGCUCGUGCGUGAUUGUGACUCUUGUGAGUGUUCACUUUUGUGAAUUAUUAUUAGAGCCGUCGCGUCGUCGUCGUCGGUGGUCACUGUGUCUACUGCUGCUGGGGGAAAGGUUUUUCCGGGUGUUGGGAUUUACUGGUGGCCGUGAUUUGUGAAUAAUUACCGAGACAAGAUGAACGGCAAUCCGGCGGUGACACUGUUCAGCGAACAUGCCGGCAGCAUCCAGGUGGCCAACACCAGCGCGCUGCACCGGGCCGAAGAGGAAGAAGCGCUGGAGGACCACCGGCGCCGGGAGCAGGAGCUGGCCAAGGAGAUGGAGAAUGCCUUUGAUGAUUUGAUCGAUGACGACCAGAACGAUACGCUGAAUUCUUUGAACUAUCUGUCGAACCACUCGGAACAAUCGACGCCGCCGCCGCCGCUGCCGAUGGUGAACAGGGUCCUGGAAGGCGUAACUCUGAAGAAAAAUGGCGCAGUUCCGAACUGUGGAGAAGGCGGAGAUGGCCAUCACGUUACGCACUGGAUGCAGAUGUACGAAUCGAAGCAGCGUGAAUUUGAGCACGUUACGAGGCUAAUGCAUGACAAGACUAAAGAAUUCGAACGGCAGGUGAACGAGUUGAAGAAACGUCUGAUGUUGGCCGAAGGGGAACGAGACCGAGCAAACAUGACCCGAACGCAAUCUCAUGACAUUCUUGUGGAGUGCAAAACGAAAAUCUCCGAACAGGAAGAUGCUAUCUCGAAGCUUAGGGAUAAGAUAAAAUCGCUGGAGGAAACUAAUCUCAAACUGGAAGCGGACCUGGAGCACAAGAAAACCAUGCUUCAGGAUACGCUUCACAAGUACCACAUGGUGGAGCAGACGAUAGGCGUGAAGGCCGAUCGCCAUACAGAUCACCUGCUGAAGCAGGCGGAGGAGAAACACAGCGCCAAGGUGGCCAUGAUGCAACAGCAGAUCGAAAAUCUCCGCAGCGAACUGGACGAUCGGGUGCAGGAGGUCCGUCGGUGGGAGGUCCGCUACAAGGAGUUGCAAUCGCUGAGGGAUGCUCUGUUGGUGGAAAAGACGGAAACCAUUCAACGGUUGCAGGACAGUCUGGAGGAGUCCCAGAGGCAGUGUGAGAAUCUGAUGACCAAAACCAUGAGCGUGACCAACUUCAGUCAGGACAAUUUGCGGCUGAAGAGCAAGGUUAAUGCCCUGGAGCAACAGACGCAGGACAUGCAGAAGACUAUCAACACGUUGACGCACAGAUUGGAAACUACCAAUGCCGAGUUGGAACUAAUGGACAGCGUCAUCUGCUCCAGCGAUGAACAUGGCGGUAGUAGUCCCGGAAAGGAUGGCACCUGUACCUUUGCGGCAUCUCGCAAACAUCUCAUAGGAAGCACACCGAUCAAUCCGAAUGCGUUCAAGAACCCCGAAGAUCGUGUCGCCAAGCUGAAGCAAGAGCUUCUGUUGUGCAUGAACGGACAGAAGGAAAAGAGGGAAACGAUCAAGAGGCUAGAAUCGGACCUUGCCACUAAGGAGCAGGAAGUGCAGCAGCUUAAGAAGGACGAAAGUCAAGCACUGGUCCAGAUGAACCAGUAUAAGGAGGAAGCGUUCCGGGUGAACUCGAAGUGCAAGCUACUAGAGGCAGAGUUGGACAAGUUGUGCAAGAAGGAUCAGAGUAGUUCUAAGCUUGGGCGGAGGUCCAGUUUCGACAGGCAAGAAGCACUGGAAGACAAAAUAUUUGCAUUGAAACAAGAGAAGGUGGAACUGGAGGAGAAGUGUGACAAACUGGAAUGCGAAAACCAACAGCUUCAAGAACGCAUGAAAAAACUAGGAUCCGAUUCUCAAUCGCUUGAUACCGUCAAGCUCGAAUUGGAGAAACAGAAGUUCCUGCUGAAAGAUUCCCAGAACGAAUGCGAGCGGUUGAAGAACCUUUACAUCGAGAUGUCCGGCUGUAAGGAUACCCUGAACAGAGAGCUGACAACGCUUCGGUCUCAAGAUUCGGCGAAAGAGAUCUCCGUCCUGAGGGAAAAGGUUGCAUCGCUGGAGCGAGCUCUUCAACUGGCGGAGCUCAAGUCUUCGGAGUUGGCGAAGCUGCUCGAAAGAGAAAAGAUUGAACACGAAAAACUGUUGAGGGAUCUGCAGGAGAAGCAGCACGACAGCAGUCGGGAUUCGAAGGAGCUGAAGCAAUCCACCAACAACUGUGUCAGAUGCAUUGACAACCUGACGGAGCUUUCCAAGAUGGAAAUCCAGAACUUGCAGUUACAGAACACUUGCGCAUCACACUUGAAGGAUAUCAAUGAGCUAAAGAACGCUUUGAAAGAGGCCCGCACUACCAUCAACACGCUGCACGAAAAACUCGACCUCAAAGCGGAGCGAGAUCAUUUGAUCGACGAGCUGAAAGAGAAGGCGAUUCAGUUUGAGCAAUUCAUGCGAGGCAAGAACACUAGCCAUAGUAGCAUGAGCAGCAGUGGCAACAGUUCUACGAAAGACAGUGCCACCUCUCCUCGACCGCAGGAGAAACGCCAGUCACGUGACCAGAGUGUCAACACUUCAUCGGAAUACCAUGAACCGAACGAUGUAGAAACCAGGAAAGCAGCUCGGGAACAAGAAAACCGAAUACGGGAAGAGAUGGCUCGGGCAUUCGCCGCCGAAAUCAAGGUGAUAGAGGAAAAGUUUAAAGAGCAGUACAUCAAGUUCGAACAGAACAUCACUGAGCUGAAAAAGGAGUUGCACGACCGAGUUAACGAGUUGUUGCUACGUAACAAAGAAAUCGAAGUGUUGAAGUACGCUAUCGUGACCGAGCGGGAAAAGAUGACGGAAAUCUUGGCCAAAAAGGACGAGGACGCCAGGAGACUGUUCGAUAAGCAGGCCGAAGUGAUGAAGAAAUACAAAUCAGAGUUGGAAAAUGCUCAUCGAAAAGUACAAUUCCUCGAGGGACAGCUCCACGAGAAGCGAGAGCUGAUUCAAGCGGAACGCGAAUCCAUGGAGAAACUCAUCAAGCAAGUCACCGAAGAGCGCAAGCUGUACAAGGAGCACGAGGACGAACUGAUCGCCAAGUUCAAGGAAAUGGAAACCGAGUACAACAAGAGCCUGGAAAUGAUGACCGAGAAGUACAACUCGGUGAAAAAGACGGCUCUCAACUAUAAGAAAUACGCCGAAGACAAAGAGCAACACAUGCUGAAGGAGUACGAUCGCAUCAAGGACGGGUAUAACACGGCCCUACUCAAAGUGCAAAACCGCAUGAAAGAAGCACUGGAAAGCAAGGACCGCAGCAUGAAGGAACAGAUUUCCAAAGUCGAAACGGAAUACCAAUCCAAGUUGAAACUGCUGAAAGCCAGUACCUAGAAACAUCCUCCCAAGUACCUACCAACCUACCUAUUUAACAAUCAUUCAAAAACAAUGCAAUGUGUUCGCGUUAGGUUUAUCACCCUUGGAAAUACUGCCUGGUACCCAACCCAUAUCAUACAGUGUACUUAUUAUAGUGCUUCUAGUAUAUGUAACAAGUAGCGCGAAUUGUAAGCUGAAUAGUGUGUUCUAACCGCCCCGAAAAAGGAUGCCUUCGUUGUGCUGAAUCGUGUGUACGGAUUGGAAAAGCUGUACCUCACAUUUGUGUUAAAGAAAACUGCCUUUAUAGUGCCCACUACUCCUGCCCUAUUCUGCCAUAUCUGUUCAAUCAUUUUAUGUAGGGGAUUAAGUGUUUUACCGAAAAGUGCCACGUGGCCAACAGAUAUACCAAGUGAUUUUAAAUGCAGAUCUUAAAACAAAUAAGUUUUACCUGUCGUAUAAGUAUUAGCGAUGAAAAUUAAAUGUCUAUGUUCAAAUA